CUCGUCCUCUCAUCGAAGCAUCCAUCCCCAUCCAAACAUGGCAGGGGCACCACGGGGGCUUCUCCUCGGCGUUUGCGCUGCGCUGAUGGCAGUGGCCGUCGCAAGCGCUGCCUCUGGCGGCGCAGCAACGGUCGUCGUCGGCCUGGCCAAGUGCGCCGACUGCACGAGGAGGAACAUGAAGGCCGAGGCGGCUUUCAAGGGUCUUCAAGUGGCGAUCAAGUGCAAGAACAGUAAAGGCGACUACGAGAGCAAGGCCGUCGGCCAGCUGGAUGGCUCUGGCGCCUUCAGCGUUCCACUCACCACCGACCUCCACGGCGCCGACUGCCUUGCACAGCUUCACAGCGCGGCGGGCACUCCGUGCCCCGGUCAGGAGCCUUCCAUGAUUGUUCCGCAGUCCGAGAGCGACUUCGUCGUGGUCCCUGGCAAGACAAACAACCCAUCGGCAGAAUGCGCGUCGGUCACCAUCUGCGGCCCUAUCAAGAAGCACUUCCUCGACCACUUCCACAAGAAGAAGCCCGUACCGCCGAAGCCGAAGCCCGAACCUAAGCCGCAACCGAAACCUGAACCCAAGCCGCAGCCAGAGUACCACCCCCCAACACCGACGUAUGGAUCACCAAUGCCCACAUAUGGAUCCCCAACUCCGAUCUACCAUCCUCCAGCAAGGCAGUUGUUCGACAAGAAGCACUUGUUUGAUCACUUCCAUAAGAACCACGACCACCACCACUUCUUUGACCAUUUCCACAAGAAGCCCAUGCCGCCGAAGCCGAAGCCGGAACCUAAGCCGCAGCCGAAGCCAGAGCCUAAGCCUCAGCCAGAGUACCAUCCCCCAACACCAACAUACGGGUCUCCGACACCGAUCUACCACCCUCCAGCUAGGCACUUGUUUGCCAAGUUGCUUGGUCACUUCCACAAGGACCACGAUCACCACCACUUCUUCGACCACUUCCACAAGAAGCCCAUACCGCCAAAGCCGAAGCCGGAACCUAAGCCGCAGCCCAAACCAGAGCCCAAGCCUCAGCCAGAGUACCAUCCCCCAACGCCAACAUAUGGGUCGCCAACACCCACAUACGGGUCUCCUACACCAAUCUACCACCCUCCAGCUAGGCACUUGUUUGCCAAGUUGCUUGGUCACUUCCACAAGGACCACGACCACCACCAACUCUUCGACCACUUCCACAAGAAGCCUGUUCCACCGAAGCCAGAGCCCAAGCCGCAGCCAGAGUACCACCCCCCAACACCUACAUAUGGGUCUCCUACUCCAAUCUACCAUCCUCCUGCUAAAGACUUGUUCAACAAGAAGCACUGGCUUGACCACUUCCACAAGGAUCAUGAGCACCACCACUUCUUUGACCACUUCCACAAGAAACCAGUGCCUCCUAAGCCAAAGCCGGAGCCCAAACCUCAGCCAGAAUACCACCCCCCAACGCCUAAAUACAGUUCACCCACGCCCACGUAUGGGUCCCCGACUCCGAUCUACCACCCUCCGGCCAAGAACUGAGUUGAAGGAUGUGCUAAGUGAUGGACAUUCCUACGAGUUUGGAUGCAUGGUUUUGCGUGAUUUGAAGCAAAGUUCUUCAGUUUCCACAGAAUAAAAGUACAGCUAUAUUUCUUAUACAUCGAGUGAGUAUACUUCUUUGUGUGUUGGGAUAUGUGUCAUAUGUAAGAUUCAGGUGUUCCUUUGUAUAUUCAAAUUAUACUAUAAUGUAAUUGUACACUUUGAGUGCGAAGUAAAAAGUGUACAGUGUAUUUCUAACUUUUCUUGGAAUUGAACAAUUGCAAUGCAAACAUCUACGGUUGAAUA